AUGUCUGCCAAAAUCCUAUCUGCUGCCCCAACUGAAUUAGAAUUACAAGUUGCCCAAGCUUUCACCGAAUUGGAAAACUCUUCCGCUGACCUAAAGGCUGAACUAAGACCUCUACAAUUCAAGUCCAUCAGAGAAAUCGAUGUUGCUCAAGGUAAGAAGGCUUUAAUUGUCUUCGUUCCAGUUCCACAACUUGCUGCUUACCACAAGGUUCAAACCAAGUUGACUAGAGAACUAGAAAAGAAGUUCCAAGACAGACACAUCAUCUUCCUAGCUGAAAGAAGAAUUCUACCAAAGCCAGCUAGAGGUGUCAAGAACUCCCAAAAGAGACCAAGAUCCAGAACUUUAACUGCUGUCCACGAAAAGAUUCUAGAAGACAUGGUUUUCCCAACCGAAAUCGUCGGUAAGAGAGUUAGAUACCUAGUCGGUGGUAACAAGAUCCAAAAGAUCCUAUUGGACUCCAAGGAUGUUCAACAAAUCGAUUACAAACUAGAAUCUUUCCAAGCUGUUUACUCCAAGCUAACUGGUAAGCAAAUUGUUUUCGAAAUCCCAUCUGAAACCCAUUAA